UCGAUAUUGUGGACGCGCGGCCUAAUGCUCGCACAGCUAGCUUUGCGACGACGUUAUGUCAUUUUAGUUAAUGUCGUAAUUAUAUUCAGUGAAACGCAUACAUGUAAAUGUAUGCACAGAAAGACGACGUAAAUCCUUCAACGUGCAUUUUAAGGAUUCAUGGCCUAUCGUAGACUGGUUUUGCAGCAGUCUGAGUGCGAUUCGUGUUUACCCGCUGUGUGUCUCCGGAACUGCAGCUGUGCGGACGCUGUUAAUUAUGUGCAAAUAAAAUACAAGUUUCCUACACCUCAGGCUUCUGGCACAGGAAUCAUAAAGAGAGAUGUGGGACCAGGGAGGACAGCCCUGGCCUCAGUGGCCUCUGAGCUCACAGCAGCAGUGGAUGCAGUCAUUUCAGCAUCAGCAGGAUCCAGGUCAAGUGGACUGGGCUGCUUUAGCACAAGCAUGGAUUGCACAGAAAGAAACCACCGGAGGGGUUCCCAGCCAGCAAGGGAUUCAACCCAAUGGCCAAGAAAUACACCACAUGGAACCUCCAGGCCAUAAUAACCAUGGUGCCUUUCCCGGUGAUCACAAUUUCGGCAGAGGUUGGCAACCAGAGUGGGGGAUGCAUAGCCAGCCGCCGCCUCCUCCCCCUCCAGAACAAGCAUGGAUUCCUCCUGGGCAAGGACCGAUGGAUGUCGUCAACGCAUCAGAAGACAGUAACAGUCAAGAUAGUUUGGAAUUUCCUGGAGACCCGCACCGUGGAGGCUUUCCUCAAAACAGUCAUGGGUUUGGGGGUCAGCCUGAGCCUUACCCUAUUGGCCCAGUUGGCGUCAAUCAGUUUGACUAUCAGCAUGGAGCAGCACCAACAGGGACAGUGUAUGGACCACCAUCCACCGGCUUUCAUGCACCUUAUUGGCCUGAAGGACCGCAGAACAGAAGAGACCGGCUCCCUAGCUUCAGACCAGAACGGCCCAGAUCCCCCAAUCAGAUGGAAAUUAAACCAGAGACGCCUACUCUUGAUGCUGUUAAACGGAGGACUUUGCCUGCAUGGAUUCGAGAAGGCCUUGAAAAGAUGGACCGUGAGAAACAGAAAAAGUUGGAAAAGGAGAGAAUGGAGAAAGAGCGUGCUGAAAUGGCAAAUAAUGAAAGGGCUAGCGAUAUUAUAGAGGAGGAAGGUGAUGGUCCUCGGUUGCCACGCAAGAGCAAAUUUGACAGUGAUGAUGAGGAUGGUGAAGAAGGUGGUGCUAGGGAGGAUGGCGUUUCAGGGAGAAGGCUGGAGUUUGGUGGUAGAAGUUCUCCUCCUGUUCAAGAAGAGCAAAGUGAACCAGAAAUGACAGAAGAGGAGAAAGAGUUUCAGCUGGUGCUGAUGACUAAAACUCUUCUUACCGAAGUCCUCCUCGAAGUCACAAAUGAGGAAAUCUUCCAAGUGGCCAAAGAGACUCAUCGCAAAGCCACUAAAGCUCCUGCAAAACAGCUGGCACAGUCAAAUGCACUGGCUUCUCUGACCGGCCUCGGAGGGCUGGGAGAGUAUGGCUCAGAUGAGAGUGAGGAUGAGGAGCGAAGUGCGAAAGGGUCGGACUCUUCAGACACAGACGAUGAGGAGCUGCUGCACCGCAUACGCCAGAAACAGGACGCUUUCCGUCGCAAAGAGAGGGAGCAGCAGGAGAGGCUGGCGCUGGAGGUACAGACUGUAAAAGAAGAUUUGGCAUCGGACAGAGUGAGCAGAGAGAGGGCAGGUUAUGAGGAGGAGCAGACAGAGUCGAAACACAAACAGGAAGUUAGAGAAAGGGAGGUGGAGCCUACCUUAGAGCGACGCAGGUCACGUAGUGAGCCUGAGGUCAGUGAGGUCAAGCGGGCCAGCAAAGAGCACACGGGGCGUAACGGAGGAAGUGCCAGUCCCUCCCUAAGUGAACACCAUAGCCGCACCUCCAGCUCCAGUUCUUCCAGCAGCCGGUACUCUUCAUCCUCCUCUUCCUCAGCCUCCUCUCGCAGCUCCUCCCGCUCCUCAUCUCCCAGAAGGAAAAGGCGACGCAGCAGCUCCGCCUCUCGUGGGACUCGCAGGCGCAGCCGAAGUCGCAGCUCUCGCAGACAUCAGUCGGAGCGCGACAAGGGCAGAGACCGGAGGCGGAGCAGUCACGCACAAAGCACCGACCGAUCCUCUCGUCAAAGGAAGCGCAGCCACUCGCGGCAGCGCAGGUCCAGCAGGGGCCGCAGGAGCAGGUCCAAGGCCAGCCGCAGUAGAGAGAGGCGGCGCAGCAGGGACCGCAGGCGCAGCCGAAGUCGCAGCAGGAGGAAACACAAGGACUCCAGCAAGGACAGAGACAGGAGGAAAGAGAGGAGUCGGAGCCACGAAAAGGAUAAAAAGAAGAACGAGAAAGAUUUAGAUAAAAAGAAAGACAAACAGAAGGGCAAGGAGAAAGAGGGUGAGGGCAGUUUAGUAAGGGAUGAGGAAGACAAUGCCAAAUCAAGGAGAAAAAAGGAGAGCGAGAGGACAGACUCUCACAGUGAGAGAUUUUCCCGGCAAGACAGUAAAUCUAGCAAAAAAGGCUCCAGCAAAGCUAGCAAGAAGUACUCUGAUUCAGAGUCCAGCAGGAGCAGGUCUGCUUCCCCUGAGGUUAGCAAAGAAAAAAAGUCAAAAAAAUCAAAACGUAGUCGAUCAAGGUCAACGGAAAGGUCUCACAAGUCUGGUAAGAAGGCAAGCCGCAAACACAAGUCUAAGUCGCGAUCAAGGUCAGCAUCUCCCAGCCGCCGCAAGCGUUGAGGGGCAUUCUGCCUCUGAUCUGAGCACCACUUUUAAAAUUCCACGAGUUAACAGGCUUGUCUCAUUAUCGAGGCAACGUUGUAGGUGAACUCCACUCCAAACCCCCUCACUCCCUCUUUUUGUAAAUAUAUGGCAUUUUUAAGUGUUGUCUUCAAAACAGGAGAUUUUGAAUGAUAGUUUCUUUUUUGCCUUGUAUUAUGCAAGACUAAGCAUUCAAGUAGUCAGUAGAAGCUUGAUACUGUAACAUUUUAAAACUUAACACCAGAGGAAAUAAAUUCUCAUUUCAUGUAAAUUGUCAAAUAAAACAUGAUUCUUUCUGUCUAA